CCAGGCAGAGGCGCUCCUCACCUCCCAGACGAUGGGUGGCCGGGCAGAGGUGCUCCUCACCUCCCAGACGGGGCGGCCCGGCAGAGGCGCUCCUCACCUCCCAGAUGGGGCGGCUGGGCAGAAGCACUGCCCACCUCCCAGAUGGGGCGGCCAGGCAGAGGCGCUCCUCACAUCCCAGACGAUGGGCAGCCAGGCAGAGUUGCUCCUCACUUCCCAGAUGGGGCGGCCGGGCAGAGGCGCUCCCCACUUCCCAGACGGGGUGGCAGGGCAGAGGCGCUGCUCACUUCCCAGACAAUGGGCGGCCAGGCAGAGGCGCUCCUCACCUCCCAGACGGGGCGGCCGGGCAGAGGUGCUCCUCACUUCCCAGACGGGGCAGCCGGGCAGAGGCGCUCCUCACCUCCCAGACGGGGCGGCCGGGCAGAGGUGCUCCUCACUUCCCAGACGGGGCAGCCGGGCAGAGGCGCUCCUCACUUCCCAGAAGCGGCGGCCAGGUAG